CAUGAACAGUAAUGGCGGCGGCAGAUGUAAAUCAGGAAAAGUUUUUGUAGAGUUUCACAUACACAUUGACACAUAGUCGUGUUAUUUAUCACGAUGGUCGACGCAGAGGUCGACGACAUAUCGUUUCUGAGUGCGAGUGGAGAGUCUAUGAAGCAUGGAGGCAACUAUGAGCAGAUGGGCAUCAGUCACACACGCCAGUUAGUAUGCAGCCAGAGGAAGGCGACGUGCGUAGCGCUUGCUGCAGCUGCUGUGAUCCUCGCGGUGGCUAUGAUAUCAGCAUUUUCUCGUCCUACAAUUGAGCACUGCCACAUUGGCAACAACUCCCUACAUGAUGCCACCCAGGCAAAGCCAAUCGUUGGUCUUGCCGACGGCACGAGUGAGCCGUUCCCGUGGCGCAGCACGAGGCUGCCACGCACGAUCAGACCAAGCCAGUACGACAUACAUCUUCAAAUCAACCUCACCGAGUUCCACGUUAAUGCAUCUGUAAGCAUCGUGAUGCAAGUGAGCGAGCCGACAGAGUACAUCAUCUUGCACUCGAACAAUCUCACGAUCACCAGCUACUACUUAAAGUCGCACAAGACCCUACGAAAGAUUGCUAUCACGAAAUUGCUCUUCUAUAAGCGAUGGAAUUUGGUUGCCUUUCGCCUCCAGAGGGCACUGUAUGCCAAUGAGGAACUCGAUCUAACGAUCGAAUACAAUAUGCCUCUCCGAGAUAAACUCACUGGGCUGUACAGAAGUUCUUAUGUUGACGACGAUGGGAAGAAAAGGUACAUCGCUACGACACAGUUUGAGCCCAACUCGGCACGAGAAGCAUUUCCAUGUUUUGAUGAGCCAGCCUUUAAAGCAGUCUUUGCCAUUCAAAUAAUCCGUGACAAGGGCCUGGUGUCAUUAUCAAAUAAGCCAGCUGAGCCCCCACAUCAGUUCCUGAAGGAUGAGGGCUUUGACUGGGAGGUUGAUGUGUUCAGACAAACACCCAAAAUGAGCACGUACCUGGUUGCAAUCAUCGUCUGUGACUUCAAGUCUAAGUCCGACAUCACCGGAAACAAUGUGCAGGUGGCUGUGUACGCACCAAAAGCAAAGAUAGACCAGGUAGACUUUGCCCUCAAUAUUACGAUUAAAAUUUUGGACUUCUAUGAAGAUUUCUUCCAGAUAAGAUACCAACUGCAGAAACUGGAUUUGAUAGCCAUCCCGGACUUCAAGGCUGGAGCUAUGGAAAAUUGGGGGAUGGUGACCUAUCGGGAAACAGCCAUUCUGUACAAUGAGAACGAAUCAUCGUCUGCUGCCCAGGAGAGGGUUGCUAUUGUUGUAGCACACGAACUGGCACACCAAUGGUUUGGGAAUCUGGUCACCAUGGACUGGUGGUCGGACCUGUGGUUAAAUGAAGGCUUUGCAUCUUUCGUUGAGUUUCUCGGAACUGACCACGUGAAACCCGAAUGGAACAUGAUGGAUCAGUUCGUUUUGACGGAAACACAGGUUGCCAUGGUAACUGAUGCAUUAGCAAGUUCCCGGCCACUGACUGUUGAAGUGAAUGAUGCUGAUGAAAUAGAUCUGCUGUUCGACAGUAUUUCCUAUCAAAAGGGAGCUGCCAUUCUUAACAUGCUACAAGGUUUUCUGACUCUCCCCAUCUUAAAGAAGGGUCUCACACGAUAUCUGACUCUGCACGAAUUUGGAAAUGCAAAGACGUCAGACCUGUGGGAUGCCUUAACGCAAGUGAGUCGCGAGCAGCAACAGAAUCUCGACGUGGUCACGAUUAUGAACUCAUGGACGCAGCAGAUGGGCUACCCCGUCGUCACGAUCUCACGACAGGGCAACGUGCUGAAGGCACGCCAGCAGCGCUUCCUGCUCAACCAGGACACAGUCACCAACUUCACCAGACCGCAAGAUGAGUCUAGCUACGGGUAUGUGUGGAAUAUUCCAAUUACCUACUACACUGAGUCCCAUCCAAGUGAUGUUCAGCUGAUAUGGAUGAACAGGAACACUGAAUUAAACUUCGCAGACAACUUCAACCUCGAUGGCAAUCCUGAGUGGAUCAAGGCUAACGUCAACCAGACUGGGUUCUACCGAGUUAAGUAUGAUCAGAAGAACUGGGAUGCCUUGAUCAGGCUCUUAAAGAGCAAUCAUCAUGUUCUCUCGCCGGCGGAUCGCUCAGGUCUACUUGACGAUGCCUUCUCCCUGUCGUUUGGUUUCUAUGUUGCGCCAAAGGUGGCACUAGACAUGUCAGAAUAUCUGUCAGAGGAGCGUGACUAUGUACCUUGGCAGACAGCACUGCAGCACUACUACAAACUGCUUGUAUUGUGUGAGGAGAAGCCUAUAUACCGACCUCUGAAGAAAUAUGUCUUGGAGCUACUGAGUCCGGUUGUGACAUACAUUGGAUGGCAAGAUACUGGAUCUCACUUAGACAAAUACUUGCGAAGUACUGUAAUGAGACAUGCGUGUUGGCUGGACCACCCUGACUGCAAGGUCAAGGUUCUCUCUAUGUUUAGGGCUUGGAUGGUGAAUGGAACUAAGAUUGCUCCGAACCUGCGCUCGGUCGUGUACGGUAAUGCGAUCAAGUAUGGCGGUGAUGAGGAAUGGGAGUUUGCCUACAAGCAGUAUCAGGACACUCGUACACCAUCUGAGAAGAAAGAACUGCUGCAAGCACUCACCACCACUACUGACAUGUGGCACAUUACUCAAAUUUUGGACUACAGCUUACAGCCAGAGAAGAUCAGAAAACAGGACAUGUUUUUUGUUUUGAUCGGUGUGGCGAAUAACCGGCUGGCACGCUGGCAUGUGUGGAGGUUUGUGCAGUCAUCGUGGGACACCAUCAUUGAUAUCUAUGGAGCAAGUUCAUAUAACACCUUGCUGAAGAUAACCACACAGCACUUUACAACUGAGUUCGAUUAUAAUGAGCUGAAUCGGUUCCUUAUGUCGAGGAAUUGCACACUGAGAGCUGCGAGGCAGGCGCUGGAGUUGGUGCGUCACAGUGUGGAGUGGGUCGACAGAAAUGAGGAGCUUAUCGAAAAAUGGCUUCGUGAUAAAUCGCGCAUGUGAGCUGCUGUCCCCAUCGGUUCGUGCAGCUGCAUGGCUAUAAGUAAGGCAACUUUCAAUGGUGGGGGUGGUGGCAUUCACUUGCUCACCACUUGCUGGCCCUCUUCCAGCCAUGAUGUGUCAAAAUGUUGUGAAUCUAUUGUGAAUAGUGCCAUUUUUUUGUGUAUUGUCGUGGUCGCGGUGACUAUCGUGAGCGUGGUUUCACCCCAAGAAAUUGUUGUGACGGAGCAUUUCGUCGUGAGUCUGGUCCUUGUUAUGUUAUAUACGCAUGCAUUCCAUGUCUUCUUGCCUGAGCCUUCGUUCUCAUCCUGAGAUGUGACAAUGUUAUUUGUAGGCAGUGUGUAUUGAAAACGAGGUGCCAGUGUUUGAUUGUACAUCAACGUUGGAGUUGACGAUGGUGUGUUGCUUCUAUGAGUACCUUUCACUGUCGUAUUCGUAUAGUUAGGUAGUCUCUUCAUCGGUUUGGCAUGCACCAGACGGGGAAGAAGUAGAAUGCAACGUGUUGGGUCAACUUUUAUAUCGCACAUUGAAAGCAUCUUUUCAUGUCAGCGCUUGCGAAUACAAUUGCGAGGAUAUGGUUGUGUUGUGCUGAACCGUACUUUCCGUACUGACUCUAGUCACGCUUGUACCAGCUGUUGCGUUAAUUUAUAGAUCAUGUAUUUUUUUAAUCAUUUAUCUAACCUGUUGCAGUGUGUUGGUAAGGGAGGCAUGCAGUAUAAUUGAAUAGGUAUGGGCUGUAUUGCUUUUAACCAGCUCAGUGUCACGUAGAGAGAGACAUGUGUUAUAUAAAUGAUCGAGAAACAAGUUUAUUGUGCUGUUUAUUCAUUGAAUAUGUCAAUUGGUUUAUUACCACAGCUUAUUCAAUGCCAGUGUGCGUGUAUACGUUAUGAGUUGUGAUGCUUCUUAUACACAAGUUUCCGUGAACAUAUACUUGGACAUGGUCAUUUCAGUGAUUUUCGAGAUUUCAGGCAAGUCGACCUAAAAAGUCACAAGAGGAUUUUGGCAUGUUCACUUAGUUAUUGCGAAACAACUCAACAUUAAGCAUUAAUACAUGUUUAAGUUCCAAGGGAAAGGGUCUAUACUUCUCAAGCACAUAUGCUUCGUAAGCACAUUAAGCACACAUUAGUUAUGUGUAUAAUAAACGAGCAUUUGAAAAUGUCGUGUUGUCCUGCUUUUAUGGCACAAGUAAGUGUACAUACACGCAUUUACACAGGGAUGUUGGUUUGGCAUUAUUGUCACUUAUAAAUGUGUAUUAUUUUUCUAAUAAUGCUUGCAUAGACGCCAAACGGUUACAGUUUUUAAUUGGGUGUUGGAAUGCUUUCUGUCUGCAUACGUGUUGCAGGUAAAGUACUGUGAUUAUGGUCCGCGUGAGGAACUAAUUAAUGUUCAUAGUAUGAGGAGGUAUGGCCCUAGUAAUAUUCUCAUUGUUGUUGAGAAGUGCUGCUGAAGUUGUGUACAGGUUACGCCCGGCGCACACGUGAGUAAUUUUACUCAAGUAAAAUGACGCAUGAGUCAUUUUACUCACGUGUGCGGCGGAUU